AUGUUGCACCCGACAUUGACAUCAUCAUCAUCACAGCAAUUGUCAUCUUCGCAGGCUGUGUCACAACCACAGCAGCAGCACAACUCACACGGCAUGCAUUCCAAUCCUCUGCCCGCUUCCCAGUCGUCGCCUGCAGCCAUAUUUCAGCCCUAUGGAUCCCAUCACAUGACAAUUCAAGCUUCUCCGCGCAGGAAAAGCACGGGCGCAACGCCUCCAGUAUCGGACGGUCGACCCCACGACUCGUUUGUCCGCUUCGAUGCCAACGAGCAUGUCAUUCUGGACGGUGAAGUGACAGACUCGGACGAUGAUGCAGAAGACCCUGUGGCAGAACCGCUGCAGUUUUCCAUUAGCCACGAUCUUUCCACCUCGUCAAACAACGUGACGCCUGCGGAGGCCUUCUUUGACACGUCACAGUCCUUGAAUGCCAGUCUAGCGUCGAACGCAAGCUACAGCUCCCCACAAGCGAGCCUUCAGGCGAACCGCACUCUUGCGCAGCUUGGACAAGUGUCUCAACAGCAGGGCCAGCCACGGCAGGUCUUCCAGCAGCCACAACGUCACCAACAGCAACCGCAACAGCAACACCAACAGCAACCGCAACAGCAACACCAACAGCAACACAUACAGCAACACCAGCAGCACCACCAGCAGGAACACGCGCUCCCACAGCAACCUCCACGUCAACCGCAACAGCAAAGGGUCUCGCAACCCACCCAACUCGACACUUCCUCAACCACCCUGUCAGCGCCCGACCAAGGCAGAGAGCUCGAACUACUUGCUUCUGCACCGGCACUACAGGAGGAGCUGCAGAGCUUGCGCGCCCUCCGAGAAAGCGUUUUGCGCGAGGCUUCUGCCCUGCUGGGAGUUGGCACUGCGGACGAUUUGAUCAAAAAGACAUCUCCGCCUGGCCUGCGACAGGGCUUGCCAACCUCGUCCACUCAUUUGAGGCCUGCGCUGAAGGUGCCUUCUACUCCCUUGACGGCAAACAGCGCCAGGCUCCCUGCAACCGCAGCGGCAGCUGCCGGAGGCUCACCCUCAGGAGCAGUCCGGAGCGCUGGGGGCAUGGCUGCCGCAAGCACGCCUGCUCAAACGCGCACCGCGAUUCCAAGCUCCCUGACAGCGACCCCGAUGCGAUCUGCUGCUGCACUCCGUGCCCCCACGCCAGCCAGCGGUGCUACGCCGUCGACUGCUCGCGUCUCGUUCCAGACCCAAUCUCCGCCCCAAGCGCGAUAGAGAGCGUUCACAGGAUUGUUUUAUUUUUGUUUUUUGUUGAAAGGUUUGAAGGUGUACACAAACGAGUCAUUGCAACAACCAGUAAUUCAAUGAAUUUGAAGACAGCAAAUACACACAAAAAAUACACAUGG